AUGCCGCCUCACGGCCUCUACCCCAUCCCGAGGCACCACCUCUCUCCACGAAACAACAAGCUCCAGCACCGCCGCACAUUCAACAGCAUGUCCUUUGCCGACGCGGAACCCGCGCGCGAGACUACCGCAAAGAGCAAGAGCGAGGCUGCAGCAAAGACCAAAGCAGAGACAGUAGAGCCCGCGAGCGAGGUUGUAGCAAAGACGGCUGAGCAGCGUGCUCAGCGAAAGCUAGAGAAGCGUCAACGCAAGGAAGAGAGGAGGUUGAAGAAGGAGCGCAAGGCACAAGCUAAGCAGCAGAAGCAGCAGCUUGUUGAAGAAGCGAGUGACGUGCCAUUUCAGCAACCUGACACCACACCAUCCGUGACUCAAGCAGAAACUGCGCCGCAAGCUCACCAAUCUGAAGCUACUCCCGUGGCUACUCCAGUAAAGAAAGGACGCUUCGGUCCGCGCGGUCCGUAUAAGAAACGCGAGAAGGCAGCUGCCGACGGCACGCCGGUAUCUGCAGUCAAACGCAAGAGGGAGAGCAAAGUGCAGACUAGCAGUAGCAAGGACGCAGACGGCGGCAUAUCGUUGCUUGAACCGAAUUUCCUGUCAUCGCUAAAGGAAAAGAUGGGAGAUAUGGGUUCUGCAUUUCAAGAAGCGGAAAAGGAAGGGGAAGAGCCUGCAAAGAAGAAGAAGAGGGGGCGACCCGUGGGGUGGCGCAAGAAUGCUGCUGAUGCGGAGUCUGUCAAGACUGAGACUCCGAAAAGUGGUGGUAAGAGUGCUGCUGCUGCCCCGACACCGGCGUCUACUACGAAGAGUACUGUUUCCUCAACACCAGCAUCUACUAGACUCUCUGGCUCGAUUCUCGAUAAGUCGUUCAAGGUAACCAAGACUCCUGUGCCGGUUCCCUCAGUUGCAUCGACACCGGCAUCUACUAAAGUGGCUGGCUCAACUCUCGACAUGUUGUUGAAAGUGACCAAGACGCCCGUACCAGUUCCGGUUCCAUCGGGUGCGUCGAGUGUGUCUGCUUGCGCAAAGUCACCGGUUCCGGUGCUGCGGAAACCCAGUCUCAGCACCAGUGACAGUAUGAGUGAGCUACAGACAAGCAAGACGGCUAAAGUUGAUCAAGCUGACGUUCUCGUCGCCGAGACACCUCCCUCACGCAUGGGCAAAACGCCAGUCACAACACCUCGUCAGCCCGCCAUUCCAUUUCCUCAUCUCAGGCGCUUAUUCUCCGCCAGCGAAUCACCCAUGGUGAGGGGAAAAGAUACCACCAUCGACCUUACUUCCCCCGAGGAACCCACACCAAAAGCGAAUACAUCCGCAAAGCAUGUCAUCAGCAGCCAGGGCUCAAUCAACCCCCUAACCAGCAGUCAAGCCUCCAUGGACUCCGUUCCAAACACCCACCCUCCGGCCUUCUCCGCAUCUACCCUUGCCUACUACAAACAACAGCUAAACGAAAACCCCAAAGCGCGACCCCGCCGCCAUCAACGCGCCAUCUCCGAAGCCCUUAGUUCAAGCAGUGACUCAACCUCGACCACACAGAGCGUGCUCAACAUGCUAACUCGGGUCCCAAAACCCUACGGGUCCAAAUUGGACAACCCCUUCUCCUCGUCCAAAAAGAAGAAGAAUAAGUACAACAAGGGCGACGAGCAGCACGAAGAAGCCGACAGCGAGACCUUUACCAAAGCCUUCAAAGUCAUCCAGCGAACCGUGAAUUUCAGCGAUGAACAAGAGUACCUAGCCUUGUACCAAAAGAUCGUCGAGCAAAGCAAAAAGGCCUCACUUCCAUGCUUGAAAAGCGCAACGGGCUGUUCCUUCCGCAUCCACGAUCCCGCCUGUUCCUUUUUUUCGCCUACCAGUGCACUCGAGCAGCCAAGCGCAGAUAUGCUGGAUUCGACUCAGCGCGCAGAAGCUGCAGAGACGUUUCUCCGCCACGCACUCAUGGCGCGGGUGCCUGUUCCGCUGGGCCGCAUUACAGGCGUUUGGCGCUUGUACUGCAAAGAAUAUACGGGACAGCAUGUAGACAAGUACAGUUCGGGUAUGCGUACGCUGACGAUUACGUCGCCGUCGUCGUAUCAGGGGACGCCAGUGUACACGGCGCGUUUGCACAUUCCGCCGCGGUCCAUGGCAUUUGCCAUUGCGCCGUUUGCGGCACCGCCGCAUGCCGGGUUCCGCGCUACGAGGAUGAAGCUCGUGCAGGAGGGGUAUACGAUGGACAUGGUAUUUUUCGGAAAUGGGUAUGCGAGGGUUAGAGCGGAGGUGGGGUUGUUGCUCUCCGGGAAGCAUGGCGCGGGUGGGCAGGUGGAGAGUGCGGGUAAGAAUAAGGGAUAUGGUAUUUGGCACUUUCUUGCUGUGCAUGAAAGGCCGCUUUACUGGGAGCCUCAAGUCGAUGAGUUGGAAGUUGAGGGGAGGAAGCUGUUUGCUGCGUAUGAUGGUACCGAGUAA